UCAAUCUCAAACGUUUACCCUUAAACCCUCCGAAGGAGGGCGCAAAUAAGGCUUAAACCCUGAAAAACCCUAUCCUCAUUCUUCUCCUUCUUCGAACCCUAAUUUCCCCCCAUAUAUUUAUCUCCGUUUUCCAUGCCGUUCAAGCUUUUACCACAGCUUCGUUUCUUCAAUUCUACAUUUCCAGUUACCCAUUUUCCCACCAUGAAAUGCAAUUCUACAUUAAAGCCUAAAACAGUACCCGUUUUAUCUAGAAUGUUCCCUCACAAGCUCAAGUAUCGGUCAAUUGGAUUUCCAAUUUUACCAACUCAACAACAGGAGCUCCGUAGGUUCUCGUCCCGCUCAGGGAGACCAAGACCCGGGUCGGGUUUGGGUCAUGAGGUGCGGGUUUCGAAGAGCUUGAUUGAAGAUGAAGCUGAACUCAGUGAUUGGGUAAGUGGGUUGAGGUCUGAUUCGUUUAAGAAAACUCAGGUGUAUAGUGAUAGUGAUGAUAACGAUGGUGGUAGGGGUAAAUUUGGUAAUAGGCGUGGUGGUGGAGAAGAGAGAGGUGAAAAGAGAAGGAGAGAUGUAGAUUCUGAUGAUUUUAAUGGGCCUGGUAGGAGAAGUGGAGGCCCAAUGCAGUCAAAUUCGAGAAAUGGAGGGAGGUUUGGAAGUGAAUUGGACGGUGGAAGAAGUGGGGGAAGAGGUCAAAUGCAGUCAAAUUCGAGGAAUGGAGGGAGGUUUGGAAAUGAUAGAGGGAGUAGAAAUGAGGGUAGAGGAAGUGGAGGUCGAGAUAGGAUGGUGUCGUCCCCAAGGGGUGGAAGGUUUGGAAGUGAUAUAGGUAGUGGAAGUGAGGGUAGGAGAAGUGGAGGCCGUGAUCGGAUGGAGUCGUCUCCGAGGAAGGGAGGGAGGUUUGGAAGUGAUAUAGGGAGUGGAAGUGAGGUUAGAAGAAGUGGAGGCCGAGAUCGGAUGGAGUCCUCUCCGAGGAAGGGAGGGAGGUUUGGAGGUGAAAUGGCAGGUCCCAGUGACAGUAAGAGGGGUACGGGCAGGGUUGGUAGUGGAUAUGGUAGAGAUAUGGGAGGACAAGGUGGUAGUGAUAGGUUAGGGAGGAAAGAAGGGACGAGUAUGGGGCGAGGGAGUUCGACAUUGUUAGAUGAAGAUGAUACAGAUAAUGAGGAUGAGGAUGAGGGGGAGGAGGAAGAGGAAAGUGGUUAUAAGGGGUUUCGAGAUUUGAUUGAUAGUGAGGAAGAAAGUGAAGAGUCUGAUGAAGAUGAUGAGGUUGAGGAUGGAAAAAUGUUCUCUUUGGAGAAGGAGGACAUUCCAAGGGCAUCACACCCCCGCUCAACUGGAAAAAGUGAUUCCCACCUCACUAAGACCAGAUUUGAUAAGUUUCCAAUCUCUCCCUUGUCUCUGAAAGGAGUUAAAGAUGCUGGAUACGAGACGAUGACCGUAGUGCAGGAGGCAACCCUUCCUGCUAUUCUGAAAGGCAAGGACGUUCUGGCCAAGGCAAAGACUGGCACUGGCAAGACUGUAGCAUUUUUGCUUCCUUCAAUUGAAGUUGUGGUAAACUCACCCCCCAACACUCGUGAUCAAAAGAGGCCACCAGUUCUGGUGCUUGUGAUAUGCCCUACCAGGGAGCUUGCAACUCAAGCAGCUACCGAGGCCAACACCUUGUUGAAAUAUCACCCUUCAAUUGGGGUUCAAGUUGUUAUAGGAGGAACACGGCUUGCACUUGAGCAGAAAAGGAUGCAAGCAAAUCCAUGCCAGAUACUUGUGGCGACACCUGGGAGGCUCAGAGAUCACGUGGAGAAUACAGCAGGAUUUGCUACACGAUUGAUGGGUGUUAAAGUGUUGGUGCUUGACGAAGCUGAUCAUUUGUUGGAUAUGGGAUUCCGUAAAGAAAUUGAGAAAAUCAUCUCUGCUAUUCCAAAACAGCGCCAAACACUUCUCUUCUCUGCAACAGUUCCGCCAGAGGUCCGUCAAAUUUGCCAUAUUGCUUUGAAAAGAGAUCAUGAAUUUAUCAAUACUGUUGAGGAAGGCAGUGAAGAGACACACGCACAAGUUCAGCAGAUGCAGCUGGUUGCUCCUCUAGAAACACACUUUUCGCUCCUUUAUGCUCUACUAAAAGAGCACAUCGCUGAUGACGUUAACUAUAAGGUUCUUGUAUUUUGCACAACUGCAAUGGUAACAAGACUCGUCGCCGAACUUCUUAGUGAACUUAACCUAAAUGUCCGGGAGAUUCAUUCCCGUAAGCCACAAAGCUAUAGAACAAGAGUUUCAGAUGAAUUUCGCAAGUCAACAGGUCUUAUUCUAGUUACCUCGGAUGUCUCUGCCCGUGGAGUAGAUUAUCCAGAUGUCACCUUUGUUAUACAGAUUGGUGUGCCAGCUGAUAGACAGCAGUAUAUCCAUCGUCUAGGUAGAACUGGGCGGAAAGGCAAAGAAGGACAAGGCAUUUUAUUGUUGGCUCCAUGGGAGGAAUACUUCUUGUCUACAAUUAAAGAUUUGCCCAUAUCAAAGGCACCCGUACCUUUGAUUGAUCCAGAGACCAAGAAAAAGGUGGAACGUGCAUUAUCCCAUAUAGAUAUGAAAAGCAAAGAAACUGCAUACCAGGCAUGGCUUGGUUACUAUAACUCCAACAGAGCUAUCGGUAAGGACAAGUACAGACUUGUUGAACUUGCAAAUGAGUUUAGUCGGACAAUGGGGCUCGACAACCCUCCAGCGAUUCCAAAGCUUGUUCUUGGGAAAAUGGGCUUGAAAAAUAUUCCCGGACUACGUUCCAAGUAAGUUGAGAUAGCGUUGCUUCUUCAUAUAUGCAUACAAGUGUAUAUAUACAUAGUGCAGGUCACACAAUGCAACAAUUAUUAUUUUUAGCUUAGUGCUGAUUUUGCAAUGUUUGUAAUCUCGCUACUAGGGAGAAUUGAGAGCCUACAGAAACAUAAUUUUGGAGUUCCUUUUUGCUAACAGGCAAGUUGGCCUUUCCUCUUUCUAGUUAUACUAUAUUGAUUCUUCAUUCA